AUGGGAAGUAAAGGAAGAAUUCCACCUCCUCAUAUGAGGCGUCCACUUCCAGGUCCUGGUAUGGCUCAUCCCGAGGCAUUCGGUCCUGGAAUACCGCCUUCUGCUCAGGGUGUGUAUCCUUCCUUUAACAUGCUGCCUCCACCUGAAGUCAUGGAGCAGAAACUUGUGGCGCAACACGGGGAAAUGCAGAGACUUGCGAUUGAGAAUCAGAGACUUGCUGCUACACAUGGUAGCCUAAGACAAGAACUAGCUGCAGCGCAGCACGAAUUGCAGAUGUUACACUCGCAGAUUGGGUCAAUGAAGUCCGAGAGAGAGCAACGGAUGAGCGGUCUUGCAGAUAGAGUUGCGAAAAUGGAGACUGAACUUCUGAAAGCCGAGGCUGUGAAGUUGGAGAUGCAACAGGCACGUGCUGAGGCACAUAGCCUGGUCGUGACGAGGGAGGAACUUAUGUCCAAAGUGCAUCACUUGACUCAGGAACUUCAGAAAUCUCGUUCUGAUGUGCAGCAAGUACCAGCUCUCAUGUCCGAACUUGAUAGCUUAAGGCAGGAAUACCAGCAGUGCAGGGCAACAUAUGACUAUGAGAAGAAAUUUUACAACGACCAUAUCGAGUCACUUCAGGCAAUGGAGAAGAACUACAUGACCAUGGCUAGGGAAGUAGAGAAACUCCAAGCACAAUUGAUAAGCAGUGCAAAUUCGGACAGAAGAGCCGGUGGCCCUUAUGGUAGCAACAUCAAUGCUGAAAAUGAUGCUUCUGGGCAUCAAAGUGGAUACGGUAGCUAUCAUGAUACUUCUGGGCAUCAAAGUGGACACGGUAUCUAUCAGGAUGCUUUUGGUACCCAGGGAUAUAUUCCUCCUCCAGCUGCUGGUAACUCAACUGGACCAAAUUCGGUUUUUGCCACAACGCAAUACCCUUAUCCGGGAGGAACUCAGCCAGGAUACUUCCCUCCAAGACCCGGUUACAACUUCCCAAGAGGACCUGCUGGUCCGUAUGACCCAACAAGGUUAGCCUCAGGACCACAGAGCGGUAUGUUCCCACCUGGACCAUCCAACAACACGCCUUACGGCUCUGCUGCAAUGACUGGUCCACGCGGAAACCCUAGUCGCAGAUGA